AUGUCUAGCAAAAACUGUUCUUCAGUGAAUUAUUCCUAUUUCGAAACUCCACAAUUUCUCCGGAAUUUUCUAUUUUCUGUAACUUUUCUAUCAUUUCCAAUUUAUUUGGUUGGAUUUUAUUGUAUUUUAUGCAAGACUCCGGCGAAAAGUAAUGGCUUGAAGUGGUGUUUAUUGAUUUCGGCUACAUGGUGAGAUUUGAAUGGGCUUGAUUUUAGGAAACAUUUGAGAUCAGCGACCCCCAUUUGCAGGUUCGCAUCUCAAGAUCUCAUCCUAAACAUCCUAGUUAUCCCCUUUGUCUUAUUACCAAUGUAUGCUGGAUGCCCUUUAGGAUUUUUGACCGAAUUCUUCAAUGUAUCAAUAAUCACCCAAGCUUAUUUAGUUGUUCUUGUCGUUGUUGGUAAGGAUUCAAAUUUUAAAAAACAACAAUAAUAUAGUCUUAUUUAUUCCGUAGGUGUAUGUUCUUCAAUAGUUUGUCUCCUCGAGAAUCAAUACCACAACAUAAAACGAAUAAAAAUUAAACAACGUUGGAUUCAAGCUGCAUUAUAUCUUUUCAAUUUAGCAGUCUCUUUAACAUUUCUCAAUUUAAUAGUUCUAAAUAUACCUUAUCAACCAUCAGCACUUUCAAUUGUAUUUCAAGUUCUUCCAUGUCUUCCUCAACAUAUUUAUAAUAUGCCGAUAUUUGUGCUAACUUUACAUUUGGAAAUCACCUCAUUUAUAAUGAUGUUUUUGAUUGCUAGUGUGUUUUUGGAAUUUAUCGUUUUAUUUUCAUCAACUUAUUAUCAAUUAUUUAUGAUUGGUAGUGUUACAAUGAGUAAGAAUACUAGAAAAUAUCAAAAAUCCGUGUUCAUCGAUGUUUCGAUUCAAAAUUCGAUUCCUGUUGUUGUCAUUCUUCUUCCAGUCUCAUAUUUGGUUUAUUCCUGUCUCAACUCUUAUCACAAUCAAUGUCAGUUUUUCCAUUUUUUACCAACAAAAAGUUUUGUUUUUUCUUGCAGUGUAUAAUAAUCUGGUGCUAAUUUUGAUGAGUUGCCAUGGUGUUAUUUCCGUGUCUACUAUGAUCAUCCUUCACAAACCUUAUCGAGAAUUUCUGUUUUGCAAGAAGAAAGUGAUCAAUUCUGUGAGGACUGUCUCGUAUCGAGCAUAA